GUGUUACUGAAUUGCUUGUACGUUUUUAGUGUUUAGUUUCAGGGUGCAUCUAUAAUUUUCGCUAUAUUUGCUGUAUUUUGUGCGUGAACAACGCAGAAUGUUGUGUAGAUGUUCCAACACUGCUUCCGCAAAACAAUAAUCUUCGUGUUUCCGGGUUUAGUAUAUCGAUGACGUAUGAUAACCCGUGAUUCGAGGCAUACGCCAUUUUCUCUCUGAGAGGGAAAGUUGAUGAUUUGUGGAAGUGGUAGUUGUUAGCUGUCAAACCCAGAUCGAGUGGAACAAUAGUUUCUUGCGGUGUGGUAUUCUCUUGGCCUUUGCUGUCUGGGCUGUUAUACUCGAAGUUUGUAUUUGUCACUGCUGUCUGUAGGCCGGUAGCACCAUGGCAUCCAGAAAGAAGGUUCUCCUGAAAGUCAUAAUCCUAGGAGAUUCGGGUGUAGGAAAGACUUCAUUGAUGAACCAAUAUGUCAAUAAAAAAUUUUCCAAUCAGUAUAAAGCAACAAUAGGAGCAGAUUUCCUGACAAAAGAAGUCCUAGUGGAUGAUCGAAUAGUGACUAUGCAGAUUUGGGACACAGCUGGACAAGAAAGGUUCCAGUCAUUGGGUGUUGCUUUUUACCGUGGUGCUGACUGCUGUGUCUUGGUAUUUGAUGUAUCGGCUCCGAAUACAUUCAAGUCUCUAGAAGGUUGGAGAGAUGAAUUCCUGAUCCAAGCAUCACCAAGAGACCCAGAAAAUUUUCCAUUUGUUGUGCUUGGAAACAAGGUGGAUCUUGAGAACCGAGCGGUUUCAGUGAAACGUGCCAGCCAGUGGUGUCAGAGUAAGAACAAUAUCCCAUACUUCGAAACGUCGGCUAAAGAAGCCAUCAAUGUGGAGCAGGCAUUCCAGACCAUCGCAAAGAAUGCAUUGGCGCAGGAGAGUGAAGUUGAGCUCUAUAGUGAAUUCCCUGAUCAGAUAAAGCUUACCGGAGAACAAAAAGGAGCACGCCCUGAUGCCUGUGCAUGUUAAGAUGCAGGAGCAAUCACAGACCAUCCGUAAUUUCAAAAGAUGAGAGGCAGUGGAUGAAGGGCAGCGUCUUGUAUUAAUGUAUGUGACACAAAUAAUUGUUACUGAUGUAACUUUCAGAAUUUGUUGUAUAUGUUGUUUCCAUUCAUGUUAAAUUGCCUCUUGUAGGCAGUGUAUGUGUAGAUCACUCUAUUUAAUCUGGUCUGUUCUUGCACGGACAUUAAAAAUCGAUGUGUAAAAUUCUACAGUCACUGUCAGUGGAAGUAAACUGUCAAAAAAAUCCUUCAUAUUCAUUCUCUAUUGUUAAAUACAUAUUUAUGUUCUGAUGAGGAUGGGUAUGGAGAAAUAAACUGUCAACUUGUGUAUGUUAAAUGUAUCCCAGAGCUUAACAGUAGAAAUUUCCUUUCUUGAAAUUUAUCAAGAGUUUUCUGUGAAAUGGUCUAUAUUGUGGAAUGAAAGAUAACAAGUCAUAAGUUUGCAUGAUGAUGCAUAAGAUUGUGAAACAUAUAUUACCCUUUAAGACAUCUAUAGCAAGUUAUUUAUAAAGCGUAACAUCUGACCACUUCCUGCUGUAGACAUUGGACUUAUGCUGUUAUAGACUAGACAUUUGUUAUUGAUAUACUGGUACACUUCUGUACACCAGUAAUACAGAGAUGUUAGGUAUUGACUUAUUUAAAGCUUAGAAGUGUAUUAUCAACCAAUGCCAAAUCUCAUAUAUAUACAUAUAACUAUAUAUUAUUAUGUUGGCUGUGUGUUUUGUAUCUUAUUGUUAAAUUUAAGGGAUUUGUCAUUUUUAGGCAGCCGUGUAAAAAAAAAACUGUAUGGAAGACAGGGCAUUGUGUGAUGAUUGUUUUAAGUGAAAUUUAUGUAUUCUUAAGAUUUACACAAUUCUGCAAAAGCAUCACAAUUUACCUCUUGUAUCUUAAAAUGUUAAUGUUCAUAAUUAUUGACUGAAAAUCUUUUUAAAUUUCAUAAAUUCAUUUAAAAUUGUGUAACCUUUUUAUUAACUUUAUUUUUGAAACUUGUUUGAUAAAUUGUUGUAAAUGUGAAGCUACUGCAGUAUGACAAUUAUGUUGUGAACUUCUGAGUAUAGGAUUUAGAAAUGAGUUUGUCAACUGUAUUAAUUCAUUAAUUAUAUAAAACUAUUUUUGUAAAAAGUCAUUGGCUUUAAUAUCUAAAAAAUUUGAAAGUUUGUCAAACCUGACCCCAGAUUCCAUCUGUCUGCUAAGUGAGUAAAACUGCAGUGUUAUCAGGUAUGGCCAUAGUGUUUUUUUACCAUCACAUGUACAGAAAAGAGCAAGUAAUUUUAUAGGCUGUGGCAAAUUCUUAAUGUGUUAGGAAAUAAAAGUUCAUUUCGUCCCAAGUCAACUUUUUUAGUAGUAUCAUGUUUAUAGGUUUAUUACAGUUCCUACAAAAGAUGCUAGUAUGUAAGCUGGGAUGUAUUACAGAGAAAACUGAGAUUUGUUUUGGAUUAAGUCGGAGAUAAAUUUUCUGAAAAUAUCUGUAACAGGUUCGCUUAAUUUUAAGAUUUUAUAGGAGCCUAACAUGUCUGGAUGGUUUACAUCUCUGUUUGCAGAACCAGUUUUUGAAAUGUUUUAUGUCUAGAAGUCAUAUCUUCUCGUAGAAUAAGAUGAUGUAAUUUUUUUGUAAUUAGCAAUAAAUGUUUUGAGCCUU